UUAUAGCUAGUUAAAAGCAGCCUUACAUGAUAAUUUAGAACUAUUCCCUUACUCUAGUUUAAAACCCCCCAAAAAUAAAGAAAAACAGCUCAAAAAAAAAAAAUUCUUAGCUGUCCAAUACAUCAUACAACACACUAUACAAAACACGGCCGAUCGAGGGUUUUUCAUUGUGUUAAUUCCAACCCUAUAUACCCUAUCGAUCUUUCUUGAAAUAAUAUAUAUUACUCUACUUUUAGUUCAUGCAUAUAAACAAAAGGUGAAAAAGGCUGCCGAUUUCGGCUAUAGCUCCUUUCUCCUACACACAAAUAUCAUAUAACAUAGUCAACUCUUCUCCUUGCCGUUGGUUUCAAAUCCAUGCAUCUUCUCUAUUCUCUUCUCUUGAUCGUCCAUGCAUUAAAUAUAUUACAAAUCAUCAUCUCCUUUUGCCCAUAACACCUACCAUUGCUUUAUACCAUCAUCAUCUUUUGGGGGCCUGGACUACUUCUACUACCUUUCCUUUGGCAUAUAAAUUGCACUAAGCUCGAUCAGAUGGAUACAAGGACAACAACAACAACAACAAGCUCAACAAGCAACAAAUAUAGCAAUAACGCGGGCAGCGCAGGUCCCCGGCCGCCACCGCCUACGACGGUACCGAUACGUUACGAGUUCCCACCACCACCAUCAUCAUCUUGUUCCGAUUCAAAACAACCUGCGCAUAGUGAGUGUGAGGAGGGACAGUCGAGUUUUUUCAGGGAACUAUUGACAGAAAUGUGCUCAUUGUUUAGAAGGGAACCGCAAAUGAACGGGUUGCGGUAUGAUCAGUCUCUCAAUACUAAGCCAUCGUCGUUCGAUAGAAGUGUUAGGCCGAAUAAGAGGGCGCUUCUGUGCGGCGUUACGUACAGUCAUAAGCGCAAAUUCAUGCUCAAAGGAACUGUCAAUGAUGUUAAGGACAUGAGAGACUUGUUGAUUAAUCAGUACCAUUAUCAUCCUCAAAAUAUUCGAGUCCUCACAGAAUCGGAGAAAGAAAAAGAAUAUCAGCCAACGAAGAAGAACAUCGAAUACUGGUUAAAAUGGUUGGUUAAGGAGUGCCAGCGCGGAGACUCGUUAGUGUUCUACUUCUCAGGACAUGGUUUACGACAGCCAGAUUUCAAAGACGACGAAAUUGAUGGGUUCGAUGAGACUAUUUGCCCAGUUGAUUUUAUGGAGGAAGGCAUGAUCUUCGACAAUGAUAUCAACACCAUGAUUGUUAGGCCUCUCCCCACUGAUGUCAAGCUCCAUGCCAUUGUUGAUGCUUGUCAUAGUGGAACUAUUCUCGAUCUACAAUAUGUCUAUGAUAUAAAACAAAGGAGAUGGGAUGAUCACAGUCCUCCAUCAGGAGCAUUGAAAUGUACAAGUGGUGGAUGGGCUGUUUGCCUUAGUGCCUGUGAAGAUCAUCAAUUGGCUGCUGAUACUACUGCUUUCACAGGGAAGACGAUGAAUGGUGCAACAACAUUCGUGUUGAUUGAUAUACUUAAGAAAAGUCAUAAGAACAUAACAUAUGGGGAACUAUUGGGUUCUUUGUCUGAUGUCUUCGAGCGAAGUGCAGCUGACCAAGUUAAAUGCUUCAAUUCCAGACGAAUAGCAAGACUAUUCGGCAAUAAAAUUAAUCAGAAGCCUUUGCUAUCAUCUUCACAAAGGUUUGACAUUUACAAAACAACAUUUUCCCUUUAAUGGAUGAGUGUGGUGGAUUUCUACAAAAGGCGUGAAGGCAUAUAGUACUCUAAGGUAUAAGUAUAAUUAACACUAUUAUAAUACUGUUUUUUUUUUUUUUUACUAUAGUUUUUGUACCAAUCUCCUAAGUGGGACUUGCAAGAAAGAUCCAAUAAGGUAUUAUAUUGAGAAAAUAACAGUACAAAAUGGUAUGUACUUUGAGUUUCGUCUACUUAAAUAUUGUGUUUAUACACAUUUUGGUUUAUGUAACUCUGAUGUGUACUUAUAAUUGAAAUAAUAAUAAUAUUUGUACUACGUUUGUGGUA